UUGUCAAAAAAGAAAAUAUAAAACAAUAGAGAUUUUAAAGGCCUGCAUUUUGGAACUGUUUCAUUCAACAGAAAAAUGGCGACCAACGCUGCUAGAGCCGCAUUCACCACCGUGCCUUUAUCUUCACCACAUUCUCCAAACCCAAACAGCAUUUUCCGAUUCACCGUUCCGUUUUCGUCACACUUAAACACUCCCUCCAAACUCCAACUCCAACUCCGUUCUCUCCGAAUCUCCGCUUCCCUCUCAAACAACCCUACACACCAACUCACUCCCCUCCCCUCAACCGAACAAUUCAUUUCCCGAUUUGCCCUUGACGAACCUCGAAAAGGCGCCGACAUCCUCGUCGAAGCUCUCGAACGUCAAGGCGUCACCAAUGUCUUCGCCUAUCCCGGCGGCGCGUCAAUGGAAAUUCACCAAGCACUCACGCGCUCCACCACCAUCCGGAACGUCCUUCCCCGCCACGAACAAGGUGGAAUUUUCGCCGCUGAGGGUUACGCUCGUUCCUCCGGCCUCCCUGGUGUCUGCAUCGCCACCUCCGGUCCCGGCGCCACUAACCUCGUCAGCGGUCUCGCCGACGCUAUGCUCGAUAGCGUUCCUCUCGUCGCUAUCACCGGUCAAGUCCCCCGGAGAAUGAUCGGUACCGAUGCAUUUCAAGAAACUCCGAUUGUUGAGGUAACUAGGUCAAUUACAAAGCACAAUUAUCUUGUUCUGGAUAUUGAUGAUAUACCUAGGAUAGUGAAUGAAGCUUUUUUCUUAGCUACUUCUGGAAGACCUGGACCUGUGUUAAUUGAUAUACCUAAAGAUAUUCAACAACAACUUUCGGUUCCAAAUUGGGAACAACCUAUGAAGUUAUCAGGGUAUAUGGCUAGGUUACCAAAGUCACCUUCUGAGUCACAUUUAGAACAGAUUGUGAGGUUGAUAAUGGAAUCUAAGAAACCUGUUUUAUAUGUUGGUGGUGGUAGUUUGAAUUCUAGUGAGGAAUUGAGGCGUUUCGUGGAGUUAACUGGUGUUCCUGUUGCUAGUACUUUGAUGGGUUUGGGUUCAUACCCUACUUCUGAUGAGAAUUCACUUCAAAUGCUUGGUAUGCAUGGAACUGUUUAUGCUAAUUAUGCUGUUGAUAAGAGUGAUCUUUUGCUUGCGUUUGGGGUUCGGUUUGAUGAUCGUGUUACCGGGAAGCUUGAGGCUUUUGCUAGUCGGGCGAAGAUUGUUCAUAUCGAUAUCGAUUCUGCUGAGAUUGGGAAAAACAAGCAGCCUCACGUGUCAGUUUGUGGGGAUUUAAAGUUGGCUUUGAGGGGGAUUAAUAGGAUUUUGGAGAGUAAAGGGAUAGAGAGUAAGCUUGAUUUUGGAGCUUGGAGAGAAGAGUUGAAUGAACAGAAACGUAGAUUUCCGUUGAGUUUUAAGACGUUUGGUGAAGCUAUUCCUCCACAGUAUGCUAUACAGGUUCUUGAUGAGCUUACCAAUGGAGAUGCUAUCAUAAGUACUGGGGUUGGACAGCAUCAGAUGUGGUCUGCUCAAUUUUAUAGUUAUAAGAGACCUAGGCAGUGGUUGACUUCAGGUGGUCUUGGUGCUAUGGGAUUUGGAUUACCUGCUGCCAUGGGAGCUGCUGUUGCUAAUCCUGACUCUGUUGUGGUUGACAUCGAUGGUGAUGGAAGUUUUAUGAUGAAUGUUCAGGAGCUGGCUACAAUAAAGGUAGAGAAUCUCCCUGUAAAGAUAUUGUUGCUGAACAAUCAACACUUGGGUAUGGUUGUUCAGUGGGAGGAUCGGUUCUAUAAAGCCAAUAGAGCUCACACCUAUCUGGGAGACCCGGCUAACGAGAAAGAAAUAUUCCCUAAUAUGUUGAAAUUUGCAGAUGCUUGUGGUAUACCGGCAGCUCGUGUGACAAAGAAGGCAGACCUUAGAGCCGCAAUUCAGAAAAUGCUGGAUACCCCUGGCCCCUACCUUCUUGAUGUCAUUGUACCCCAUCAAGAGCAUGUGUUGCCAAUGAUUCCCAGUAAUGGAGCCUUCGAGGAUGUGAUAACUGAAGGUGAUGGCAGGAGAAGUUACUGAUUUCCCGAGCCAGGUUUAUCUUGAUGCCGAUUAUGUAUAAUAGGAAGCGAUAAUGUUAUAGUUUUUGUUUUAGUGUUGGCACUAAGACAGGCCCAUUUGUUUCUAUACAAUUUUCGUGUCCCUUAUAAAAUUACCUACUGCUCUAAUAAGUUAUAACUGCGGUUUUAAAUUGUAUUGCUGAUGCCGAAUAUUCUUUUUGUUUAUUAUGUGUCCUUGGUUAUUUGGUUACUGAAAAUCUAAUUUUUUCUGCC